AUGACUACUACUGAUCUUGAACAUGCCACCUCCUAUUCUCCUUUGCCGGAUUCCGACCACCACCGUCCACCGCCGUCUCAAUGGCGACGACCCAUCACCCUCUUGUCAGGAAUCUUCCUUUUCAUGCUACUUUUUUCGUCUUUAAUAGCUCUUGUCAUCAACCAACAUGGUCAACAACAAAUCGCCGGCGACGGAACACCGUUGUCCUCGAACUCAGCGCCGGCGGCAAAGAAGGUUUUGGAACCCAUUUCAAGAGGGGUUUCACAAGGGGUGUCGGAAAAGAGUAAUUUCCAGCUGUCCUCCGCCGCCGCUGUGGUGGAGACAUACCCUUGGACCAAUGCUAUGCUAUCUUGGCAAAGAACAGGCUUCCAUUUUCAACCUCCAAAAAACUGGAUGAAUGAUCCCAACGGUCCGUUAUAUCACAUGGGGUGGUAUCAUCUGUUUUAUCAAUACAAUCCGGAUGCAGCCGUAUGGGGAAAUAUCACGUGGGGCCAUGCUAUAUCAACGGAUCUGAUUAACUGGUAUCAUCUCCCUUUUGCUAUGGUCCCUGAUCAAUGGUACGAUAUCAAAGGUGUAUGGACUGGAUCUGCUACGAUCCUGCCCGAUGGUCAGAUCGUCAUGAUGUAUACUGGGGACACCAAUGAGGAAGUGCAGGUCCAGAAUCUAGCCUACCCUGCCAACCUAUCUGAUCCUCUCCUCCUUGAUUGGGUCAAGUAUUCGGGUAACCCAGUUCUAACCCCUCCACCGGGUAUUGGCAGUAAGGAUUUUCGGGAUCCGACUACCGCAUGGGUUGGUCCGAAUGGGAAGUGGCGGGUUGCUUUGGGGACGAAGGUUAAUAAAACGGGUAUCACACUCGUUUACGAAACGACGGAUUUUACGAGCUAUGAGUUGUUGGAUGAAGUCCUUCAUGCUGUUCCGGGUACAGGUAUGUGGGAAUGUGUUGACUUUUAUCCGGUUUCAACAACUGAGUCAAACGGGUUGGACACGUCGGUUAAUGGACCCGGUAUCAAGCAUGUGUUGAAAUCGAGUUUGGAUGAUAAUAAGCAUGAUUAUUAUGCACUUGGGACCUACGACCCCAUUAGUAACAAGUGGACGCCCGACAAUCCGGACUUAGAUGUGGGUAUCGGGUUACGAGUGGAUUACGGAAAAUACUACGCAUCGAAAAGUUUUUAUGAUCAAAAUAAGCAAAGGAGACUUCUUUUGGGUUGGACCGGAGAAACGGAUAGCGAAGCUGCUGAUAUUUUAAAGGGGUGGGCCUCCCUUCAGACCAUUCCAAGAGAAGUGGUGUUUGACAAAAAGACCGGAAAAAAUAUACUUCAAUGGCCCAUUAAAGAGGUAGAGAAGUUGAGAUCCAAAAGUACGGUAUAUAAAAAAGUGUUGCUCGAACCAGGAUCUCUUGUGCCCCUUGACAUAGGCGCAGCUACACAGUUGGACAUAAUAGCAACGUUUGAUAUCGAUAGCACAGUUUUAGAGGCGGCACUCGAGGCAGAUGUGGGUUACAAUUGCACAACAAGCGGUGGUUCCUCCUCGAGAGGAGCUUUUGGACCCUUCGGAUUGGUGGUUCUUGCAGAUGAGUCACGUACGGAGCAAACUCCCGUGUAUUUCUACAUUGCCAAAGGCACUGAUGGCGUUGCGAGUACUUACUUUUGUGCCGAUCAAUCCAAGUCAUCAACUGCUUCAGACGUUGUCAAAUUAAUCUACGGAAGCACGGUUCCUGUACUAGAUGGUGAAAAUUUUAGCAUGAGAUUAUUGGUUGAUCAUUCAAUAGUGGAAAGCUUUGGGCAGGGUGGAAGGACGGUUAUAACCUCAAGGGUAUAUCCGACAAAAGCAAUUUAUUCGGCAGCAAAGGUCUUCCUGUUUAAUAACGCCACGGGAAUAACUGUAACUGCAAACGUAAACGCCUGGAACAUGGAUUCGGCAAACAUUAAGUAGUUCACCCUUAGUCAACACUAAAAUUACGAAUAUGCCAUUACAAAGUCAACCUAUUGUUGUAUCACCCCAUCUUCAUAUUCAUUUUUCUCUAUUUUCAUCCCAAUAUCUAUUUGAUCCAUUUCUUACAAUAAUUUUGGAGA